UUGGGGAGGUGAGAGGUGAUUUCCUGCCAUUCUUCUGCGGGGCGGGCUUCCCAGGGCGGUCAUGCCAGGCUGACGGGGUGCAGUGUGGCCUCCCGCUGCCGGGGGAGAGCUGGCUUUCAUGGGGCCACAGCUGAGGCAGGACCUGCAGUCAUGAACCGCUUCAAUGGGCUCUGCAAGGUGUGCUCGGAGCGCCGCUACCGCCAGAUCACCAUCCCCAGGGGGAAGGACGGCUUCGGCUUCACCAUCUGCUGCGACUCUCCAGUCCGAGUCCAGGCUGUGGAUUCUGGGGGCCCGGCGGAGCGGGCAGGGCUGCAGCAGUUGGAUACGGUCCUGCAGCUGAACCAGCGGCCGGUGGAGCACUGGAAAUGCGUGGAGCUGGCACACGAGAUCCGGAGCUGCCCCGGGGAGAUCAUCCUGCUCGUGUGGCGCAUGGUCCCCCAGGUCAAGCCAGGACCAGAUGGGGGUGUGCUGCGUCGGGCCUCCUGCAAGUCAACACAUGACCUCCAGUCACCCCCCAACAAACGAGAGAAGAACUGCACCCAUGCGGUCCAGACCCGGCCCGAGCAACGUCACAGCUGCCACCUUGUGUGUGACAGCUCAGAUGGACUGCUGCUUGGUGGCUGGGAGCGCUACACUGAGGUGUCCAAGCAUGGGGGCCAGCACACCCUGCCUUCUCUGUCUCGAGCCACGGCCUCCACUGACCCCAACUACAUUAUCUUGGCCCCGCUGAACCCUGGGAGCCAGCUGCUGAGGCCGGUGUACCAGGAGGACACCAUCCCUGAAGAAUCCGAGAGUCCCAGUAAAAGCAAGUCCCAUACUGGCCUGGGGAAGAAGUCUCGGCUGAUGAAGACAGUGCAGACCAUGAAGGGCCAUGGGAAUUAUCAGAACUGCACAGUCAUGAGGCAGCACACACCGCACUCAAGCUAUGGCACCUAUGUCACUCUGGCCCCCAAAGUCCUGGUGUUCCCUGUCUUUGUUCAGCCUUUAGAUCUCUGCAACCCAGCCCGGACCCUCUUGUUGUCAGAGGAGCUGCUGCUGUAUGAGGGAAGGAACAAGGCCUCAGAGGUGACACUGUUUGCCUACUCAGACCUGCUGCUCUUCACCAAGGAGGAUGAGCCAGGCCGUUGCAAUGUCCUGCGGAACCCCCUCUACCUCCAGAGCGUGAAGCUUCAGGAAGGUUCUUCCGAAGACCUGAAAUUCUGUGUGCUGUAUCUCGCAGAGAAGGCAGAGUGCUUAUUCACUUUGGAAGCACACUCUCAGGAGCAGAAGAAGAGAGUGUGCUGGUGUCUGUCGGAGAACAUCGCCAAGCAGCAACAGCUGGCCACUGUACCCCCGGAGAACAAGAUGUUUGAGGCAGAGGCUGAUGAGAAGAAGGAGAUGCCCUUGGAGGAAGGGAAGGGGCCAGGUGCCGAAGAUCCAUCGCCCGGCAAGGACCCCUCUCCUGGCCAAGAGCCUCCUCCUGGACAAGACCUUCCACCCAACACGGACUCCUCUUCUGCCCAGGAAUCUUCUCUUGGUCAAGAAUCACUGUCCAGCCCAAAUUCAUCUUCUUGCGAGGAACCCACUCUGGGCAAAGAACCCCCACCAAGCAAGGAAUCCCCACCAUGCCAGGAUCCUGCAGCCCAAGACCUCUCACUCUGCCAGGACCUUCCCGCUAACCCUGAACCCCCUCCCAGCCAGGACCAUCUGCUCAGCCAAGACCUCCCUGCCACCCGGAACCCCCCGGCCCAAGACCCUCUGCCUUGUCAAGACCUGCCACCCAACCAGGUAACUCAGCUUGCUGAAGCUGUUGUUGAGACGACCACCGGCUCCAAGGACUCUCCAGCAGCCACCGGAGACCCACCUGCAGUCACCAGGCCAGCCUUCGUGAUCCCUGAGGUCCGGCUAGAUAAUGCCUACAGCCAGAAGGCCGGGGCAGAGGGGAAAAGCUCGGGAGAUGAGGAAGAUGCUGAGGAGGCCGAGGAGGGGGAGGAAGGCGAGGAGGGGGAGGAAGAGGAGGACGAGGACACGAGCGAUGACAACUACGGAGAGCACAGUGAGGUCAAGCGCAGCAGCAUGAUCGAGACGGGCCAGGGCGCCGAGGGAGGCUUCUCUCUGCGCGUGCAGAACUCGCUGCGGCGCCGGACGCACAGCGAGGGCAGUCUGCUGCAGGAGGCCCGCGGGCCCUGCUUCGCCUCAGACACCACGCUGCACUGCUCGGAUGGCGAGGGUGCCUCACCCACCUGGGCCAUGCCUUCACCCCGCACCCUCAAGAAGGAACUGGGCCGCAAUGGAGGCUCCAUGCACCACCUGUCCCUCUUUUUCACGGGACACCGGAAGAUGAGUGGUCCUGAUACUGUUGGUGACGAUGAUGAAGCCGGCAGGAAAAGAAAGAGCAAAAGCCUAGCCAAGGACAUGAAGAACAAACUGGGCAUCUUCAGGAGGAGGAACGAGUCUCCCGGUGCUCAGCCUGCGGGCAAGACAGACAAAGUGAUGAAGUCAUUCAAGCCCACCUCAGAGGAAGCCCUCAAGUGGGGUGAAUCCUUGGAGAAGCUGCUGCUUCACAAAUACGGUCUAGCAGUUUUCCAGGCCUUCCUUCGCACUGAGUUUAGUGAAGAGAAUCUGGAGUUCUGGCUGGCGUGUGAGGACUUCAAGAAAGUCAAGUCACAGUCCAAGAUGGCAGCCAAAGCCAAGAAGAUCUUUGCUGAAUACAUCGCGAUCCAGGCAUGCAAGGAGGUGAACCUGGACUCAUAUACAAGGGAACACACCAAGGACAACCUGCAGAGCGUCACGCGGGGCUGCUUCGACCUGGCGCAGAAGCGCAUCUUCGGGCUUAUGGAAAAGGACUCUUACCCUCGCUUCCUCCGCUCUGACCUCUAUUUGGACCUCAUUAACCAGAAGAAGAUGAGUCCCCCACUUUAGGGGCCACCAAGGCAGAGCUCAGCGUUCAUACUAGGUGGGCUGGGCCCCUCUUCCCACAGCCUCCCUCCCCUACUGCUACGGAGGGGGCAAGAAGGCCCCUGGAGGCUUCGUCUCUGGACAGACGGAUGGACGGACAUUUGGGUGCAAGGCCUGGACCACAAGAGGCCCAGACCACUGGAGGAGGAGAAGGGCUGGCCCCGUUGGGUCCCCCUUGCCCCGGUACGAGGGGGCCCAAGGGCCCUGGCAGGUCAGGGACCCAGCUGAGCCAGAUCCAGAGCUACCACUCCUGCUGCGGAGACUUCGAGUUGACCAAGUUCCUUAAAGAACUGGCUGGCGGGGCAGGGGGCCCAGGCCUGGGCUCCAAAGCCCUUCUGGGGGGCUUGCAGCUCAGACCCCCUCCUUGCGUUUUAUUUAUUUAAACAGUAGUUGGAUGCUUGGCACGUUGUCCUGUAAUAGGAAACCCUUGCCUCAUCAGUUUUCCUAAUUUACAAGUGCAAUAUUUUAACCGCCUUGUGAAAAAGCCACCUUGCAGAAAAGGCAGGCACCAAUUUCCAGCUUCAGGGAUUUUGCUGGUCCAGGGCGAGCAGCUGGGCCUUCUGGACUGAGGAGGGCUGUCGGGGCUCUGCAGUCUGACCUCACACAGAAUCCUACACCCCUGCAUGGGGUGGGGGCGAGUCCCUGGGCACCUCCGGGAAAGCAUGGCACUCUCAGACUACACAGCAGCCAAGUUCUGGAGCAAAUAAAAGGCCUGUGUUAUUUCUCAUUCUUGAGACCCUU